CCGGCACGUCGCCCGCUCCGGGGGAGGAGGUGGGGGGUUUCACUUCCGGGACGGGGUUCCGGCCCAUUCCGGCCCAUUUCCACCCCCGGAGCUCUCACCCCCUCGUCCGGUGCCGACGCUAGAGACAGACUUUUACUAGGCUCCAAAAUUAGAACAUCUGAAAUUCAGGAUGGCAUGGACCGAGGCACUUAUUGGAGUAAAAGUUGCCAAACAGACAAAAACGCUUUGGAAAAAGGGCUGAAUGCCUGCCUCCACACCCAGGCCCCACCAUGGAGAAGGGAGGGAACAUUCAUCUGGAGAUCCCGGACUUCAGUAACUCGGUCCUCAGCCACCUGAACCAGCUCCGCAUGCAGGGCCGCCUCUGCGACAUCGUGGUGCACGUGCAGGGCCAGGCGUUCCGGGCCCACAAGGUGGUGCUGGCCGCCAGCUCGCCCUACUUCCGCGACCACAUGUCGCUGACCGAGAUGAACACCGUCUCCAUUUCCGUCAUCAAGAACCCCACGGUGUUCGAGCAGCUCCUGUCUUUCUGCUACACGGGCCGCAUCUGCCUGCAGCUGGCCGACAUCAUCAGUUACCUGACGGCCGCCAGCUUCCUGCAGAUGCAACACAUCAUCGACAAGUGCACGCAGAUCCUGGAGGGCAUCCACUUCAAGAUCAAUGUGGCCGAGGUGGAGGCCGAGCUGGGCCAACCGCGGACCAAGCACCCCGAGCGGCCACCCCCGGAGUCCCCCCGGCGGACGCCCGGCCUUGGCCGCUCCCUCAGCCCGCGCCUGAACACCCCGCAGUGCGGCCGGCGGGGCCAGGCCGGUGGCCUGCUGGACGUGCGGGAGCUCAGCCCCCCCGAGGAGUCUACCAGCCCGCAGAUCAUCGAGCCCAGCUCGGACGUGGAGAGCCGCGAGACCAUCCUGCGCAUCAACCGGGCCGGGCAGUGGUACGUGGAGACGGGCGUGGCCGACCGCGGGGUCGGGAGCGACGGCGAGGUCAGGGUGCUGGGGACCGUGCACAUCAAGACCGAGAACCUGGAGGAGUGGCUGGGGCCCGAGAACCAGCCCUCGGGCGAGGACGGCAGCAGCGCCGAGGAGGUCACAGCCAUGGUGAUCGACACCACCGGGCCCAGCUCCGUGGGACCCGAGAACUACGCCUUGGGGUCAUCCGGCGCCCAGGUGGCGCGGCCCACCAGCAGCGAAAUUGACAGGUUCAGCCCCUCCGGCAGUGUGGUGACCCUGACCGAGCGGCACCGUGCCAGGAGCGAGUCUCCGGGGAGAAUGGACGAGCCCAAGCAGCCCUGCUCGCAGGUGGAGGAGUCGGCGAUGAUGGGCGUGAGCGGCUACGUGGAGUACCUCCGCGAGCAGGAGGUGUCCGAGCGCUGGUUCCGCUACAACCCCCGGCUGACCUGCAUCUACUGCGCCAAGUCCUUCAACCAGAAGGGCAGCCUGGACCGGCACAUGCGGCUGCACAUGGGCAUCACGCCGUUCGUGUGCCGCAUGUGCGGCAAGAAGUACACGCGCAAGGACCAGCUGGAGUACCACAUCCGCAAGCACACAGGGAACAAGCCCUUCCACUGCCACGUGUGCGGCAAGAGCUUCCCCUUCCAGGCCAUCCUCAACCAGCACUUCCGCAAGAACCACCCGGGCUGCGUCACGCUCGAGGGCGCCCACAGCAUCUCCCCCGAGACCACCGUCACGUCGCGGGGACAGGCCGACGAGGAGUCGCCGUCGCAGGAGGAGCCGGUGGGGGCCGGGGAGACGGCGUCGGGCUCGGUGUCCACCACCGGCCCCGACUGAAACGUG